AUGAACAUCCUCAACGAGGUAUUGCCUCAAGGAGUGAAAGUAUCAGGCUUACCUCAGUUCGAAGGAACCACCGAUAUGCAGGAACACAUAAAGAAGUUUCACGCUAUGGCAGAUUUGUAUGGCCCAAUGGAUGCAGCAAUGUGCAAGAUGUUCCGCACCACUCUCUCCAAGAGAGCCAUGAAUUGGUUUAAUGCUCUACCCACAGGAUCAAUCGACACUUUCUCUCGAUUAUCACAAUGCUUCACUAACCAAUUCGUCAUCAAUAAACAAUACGCUAAAACCCCAGCACACCUCUUAUCUAUCGUACAUAGAGACAAUGAAAUACUCCGCAACUAUACCAGGCGUUUUGUGGAAACUGUUCAUGAAGUUCCCAGUGUAGGACAAGACAUGCUCUCUGCAGGGAUCAUGCAGCAAAACCUGAAGUCGGGUAGGUUCAAAGAAUCUAUCGCCGGAAGGCCUCCUGGAAACUUAGAUGAGUUGUUAAAUCGAGCUGAAAAGUACAUACGCACAGAGGAAGCCUCUCCCAAUGCCCCUCCCAAGAAGAAGAGAGAAGAUGAUCGCCAGGAUAUUAGGAGACGAGAUGAUCGACGUCCUCCACCUCCAUCUCAAGCCAACCAUUUUCAUCUUAUAAUCGAUUCACUCCACUCAACACUCGGCUCACUGAAAUCCUUCAUGUGA